UCUCUCCAUCAAUUAACAGAGAGAGCCGAGAACAGGACGAUAUCUGAAUCUGUCCCUCUGCUUUGCUUUCCAUACUCCACCAGUUUUUGUUGUUUUUUUUCUCCUCCUGUCACACAUAAACCGGAUUAAAUUACGCAUUGCACCUUUAAGAAGCUGUCACCGGGAUUAGAGUUACGCGCGGAAGGGUUUUACGCACCGUUGGUUCCCAGAGCAGGGUGUCCUUCUCCCUCUGCGUCUCUCUCUCUUCGCUGGUCCUGACACCGCCGGGGAGCCCUGCACGCCGCGCGACAUGGCCGAGAUGGGGAAAGGGGUCACCGCCGGAAAACUGGCCAGCAACGUCCAGAAGAGGCUCACGAGGGCGCAGGAGAAGGUCCUGCAGAAGCUCGGCAAAGCAGACGAGACCCGAGACGCCGCCUUUGAGGAGAUGGUCGCCAACUUCAACAAGCAGAUGACAGAAGGAACCAAACUGCAGAAAGACAUGAAAGCCUACCUCACAGCGGUGAAAACGAUGCACGACGCGUCCCGGCGGCUCCAGGACUGCCUGGCCGAGAUGUACGAGCCCGACUGGUUUGGCAAAGAGGAGAUGGACACGUUGAUAGAGGAGAUGAUAGAGAAGGAGAUGGACAAUAACUUGGAGGACACAGACACGCUGUGGUUGGACUACCACCAGAACAUCAUGGACAAGUCCAUGACCACUCUGGACUCGUACCUGAAUCAGUUCCCUGACAUUAAGGCUCGCAUAGCGAAGCGCGACAGGAAGAUGGUGGACUUCGACAGCGCCCGGCAUCACUUCAACUCCUUACAGAAAGGGAAGAAGAAGGACGAGGCCAAGAUCGCCAAGGCGGAGGAGGAGCUGGGCCGAGCUCAGAAGAUCUUCGAGGAGCUGAACGUGGAGUUACAAGACGAGCUUCCAGCUCUGUUUGACAAUCGUGUUGCCGUCUAUGUUACUGCAUUCCAGAGCCUGGCCGGUCAUCAGGAGAAGUUCCACGGGGAAAUGAGCAAGCUCAGCCAAAACCUGAACGACAUCAUGACCAAACUGGAAGAGCAGCGCGAGCUCAAAAAGGCUGGUACUGCAGAGGCAAAGACAGGAGACGGUGCCAAGAGCGAGGAAACCAACCACAGCGAAUCAGCCAGCUCACCACCAAAGGCGGUGCAGAGGCCCGGUCCUCCUCCCGGUCCUCCUCCCAGUCGGCCUCCGCCCCGACCGACGCCGUCCCACCACGCCGGCCCCCCCACAGAAGACGAGGACGAGGACUCGCUCACGCAUGACGCUCACGCAGACUCCAGCAGCACCAUGUCGACAGAGCAGUGUGAGCCCUGCUCCGGGGUGAACCUGCUGGAUUGGGAUGUGGAGGUAUUACAGCCCGUCACAUUAACAGCUCCCAAGGCGCCAUCAUGGGACUCAUGGCAACAACAAACCCCUGCAGAGCAGGACCCCCAGCAGGAUGUGGACCAGCACCCAGAGCAGGCCCCUGGGGGGUGGGGUCCCGAUGAACACACCACCCACAGCUCCACCCAGCCCAGCUGGGACGAUGCAGAGACCAACUGGGAUGACGAUGGCGCCCGAGGGGGACAGGGGGGCUGGGGCGAUGGUGGACUGGUCCAGAGUGCAGCGACCAACGGCUCAGAUGACAAACUCCCUCCAGGAUUCCUCUACAAGGUGAAAGCGGUGCAUGAGUAUGCUGCCACUGACGCUGAUGAGCUGGAGCUGAAGAUCGGGGAUGUUGUGCUGGUUUUGGCUUUUGACAACCCGGAUGAACAGGACGACGGCUGGCUCCUGGGCGUGCAGGAGUCUCACUGGCUGCAGAACAAAGAUAUUUCAGUCAAAGGUGUUUUCCCUGAGAACUUCACUCAGAAAGUUUGAGGUUCAUGCCACAAAGAUUCUUCUUCUUCUUCCCCUUCUGUGCCCGAAACCUGUGAGCUACAUCGAUAUAACUGGUCACCAAAUGUGUAUUUACACACCAAAUAAUUGAAAAUGUGCGCUGAAAUGCGAGUACUUCUCCAAGGCUAUGAUACAAAAUGUUUGUGCCGUGAUCUCAUCAUCACCAAAACUAACUGAACGUUAUAGUACCACAUGGUACUGUUAUAGUACCACAAUCAUUGAAAACGUACACCCAAAAUAUUACAUUUUUAUUUAGUUUUCAUUUCUUAACUAUUUAUACGCUGAACUCAAAAACACAAAAAAAUGUGUUUGAUAUAUUCAAAAAGGGAAAAAAGUUAUGGAUGUAUUGUAUGAAUGACGAUGAUUUAUGUUGUGUAUUGUCAACAGUUGGAGAACUUCUCACGGUUCCUUGCAUGACGCAUUUGAUUGUAUUGUCAUUUAACUUUGUAACACAACAAACACUGUGACACCAGCUCUACGUACGACACGUGGCUAAGAUUGUCUGAAUAGUACAGGUGUCCUAGAAUGGAGCCCUGGGGAACACCACAGAUGAAAACAGGCUUUGCCUUGCAUUAUUACAGUUGCUUGGGCUUGUAGGAUUAUAAAAGGGAACAGUAGUUUUUCAUUUAUCUUACCGGCCAUUUUAAGGAUAUGACUUGAUGUGUGGCUUAAAUUUUCUAAUGCACAUUUGCUUUUAAUUUAGAUUUUCGAAUUAUAUUUUCAUUGACGGGUGAAAUACAAAACCUCAUCAAACUCAACUGCUCAUAUUUUCAUUUAUCUUCUUUAAUUACCACUAUUUAUUACCAUUUUUGAACAUUUUCCACAUGAAUUUGACUCAAUCUUGUUGCUCCUUGGACAGGACUAUUUAAACUGGAUCACUAUGUACGUACAAGCACAUUUUCUUUAGUGUUUUUUCCAGUAGAAAUCCGGUUUAGGCUGCAUACUGUGAGCCCACGGAGUCCAAAACUGCACUGCCAGCAGCUAAAUGAGAGACUGAGGCUAUAACAUUUAUACAUUUCUAACCAAAUAUCCUGCAGAAACCAAAGUUAAACCCAUGACAACUGUAUUUUUACAUUGAGUGGAAUAAAGGAAUUAAGUGGUAACUAAUGCACCAUCUGUUAAGUCAGUGUCAUUAAAGAUGAAUGAAACAACA